GUGGGCCGGAAGUGCCCUUCGCUUGUUUACAAUCUAUCGGCUAGUUGCGUUAGCUUCAGCAGCUCGUUCCCAACAAUGGUCGCCACCAAUUAAAACGCCUAAACGCCCCAUUACCUCACCCACUUAAGGCCGCUGGACCAUGGCCGAGGUUCGUCGCUGCCUGUCCCCACUCGUCCUUCUGCUGUGGCCGGCGGGGCUUCUGAUGGCCGCAGCGGCGGCUGAGCAGGUCGCGGUGGUGGAGGUGUACCCGGUGGAGCAGCGGCUCGGCGGCACUCUGCUUCGCGGUGAGGUGGUGGCCGCCAGCGCCGAGGGCAGGAACGAGGAACCGCACCACCUGGAAGGAGAACUGGUCCUGAUUCAGGGGGAGGAGCCUGGGAUGAGCGCAGGUGAGGGUGAUGGCGUCACCAAGGAGGCGGAGCUUUGGAUCGGCGUGUUGCCAGUGGAUGACAGUCAAGUGUCCACUGGGAAGCAGGAGUCCUUCACUGAGACGGUGGUCAGCAGAAUGAAGCGAGCUUUGGUCCUUGGAGCGUCUGCUCUCAUCAUCCUGGCUCUCAACCAAAACACAGUCAGAGAGAUGGAUCUGUCUCAGGCUCUGUGCAAGCCUGUCAUCGUGAUCCAGACGUCUGAAAAUGUCACCAGGCUCAUUAGUGCUCUGCUCAGGGGUCUCCAGGUCACUGCCAAGAUAACCUUCACCACUGUCCUGCACGACAACUUGGUGAGUGUUGCCAUUAGCAACCCUCGGAGUGAUCAUGUGACCGGCUGUGUGUGUGUGUGUGUGUGUGUGUGUGUGCGUGCGCGCGCGCACGCGUGUGCGCACUGGGGACAGGGCGCCACGCUCACACUGUGGUCCAGCUGCGGCCGCUCCAGAGGGGGUCGCUAUGGCGAGUGGCAGGGCGUCAUCUGCACGGGGGAGACCAACUCACAGGUGCAGAAGUACCUGCAGCAGCUUUGGGACACUGUCCUGCUGGUGGCGCUCAUCCUCAGCACGGGCGUCAUCGUUCAGGCCCGCUGGCAGUACCAGGACCGGCAGCUAAACGACAACUCCGAGGUAGAACUUUGGCCUCUUUGGUGUCUGCGUCUUUCUGCGCAACGCCGCCCAAAACCGCAUGGUCUCCUUCAGUUGCUUCCUAAACAGGACAUCCUGAAGACAAUGCUGUCCCUGAAGACCAAAACGUACCGUCGGCCCAAACGCUGGUGCGAGACAGACACCUGCGCCGUGUGUCUGGAGGCAUUCAACAACAACCAGUGUCUCCGUGUGUUGCCGUGCCGACACGAGUACCAUCGGGACUGCGUGGACCCGUGGCUGCUGCUGCAUCACACCUGCCCGCUGUGCAAGCGCAGCAUCCUCGCUGAGAUGGUCAUGUGACCACCAGGCCAGCCACUUCAGUCGUCUUCCAUCCACAGAGACAGCUAGCGGUCGCCACGGAGACCUUUGUCUGGGGCUGGCUAACACUCCACAACACUGUUUGUUUGCUUUAAGACACCCAUGCUGGAUGUGGGAGCAACCAGACUGGCGAGGGCAUUUUUUGCCCUCUGUAACCAUGACAACCUCAGCAGGAUGUUUAGGUCCAAAUGAUGUCACGUUAGUGUUAUUAAGUAUUUAUUGGAAGCGUCGACACGUGCUGUCGGGACAAAAGACACGCAACGCUUCGUGCUCAUUGAGCAGACUGGAUGACGUCACAUGCACGCUCCUGUGCACAUGCAAUAAGCUCCCAUGUGGCGCCAGUGUCCUGAAGACGUCAUGACUGAGCUGAUUUGUUCCAAAUAAUAAACAUCUUGUGAAGCGUG